AUGCUUGAAAACGCAUCCUCGCCGAAGAAUGAGCUUCCCCGGAAGAGGCUGCACGCCAGCAGCUCCAUCUCUAUGGCAAGUCAUCCAGACAGCAGAGAUAGUUCAACGGAGUCUACUACCUCCUCAGUCUCCCUAGAAGAGACGAAAAAGGGGCAUUAUGCAUGGUGUGAGGAUCCCAAGCCAUUUCAUCAAUUCAUCCGCCACUGGGAGCGACUCCCUACUGAACUGCAUGACUACGUUUACGACCUCCUGGCAAGCGCAGAGCGCAAAGUCGAUCUCUCAACACUGUCCCUAGUUUCGCGAGCCUGGUGCCGACACUUUCGUCCUCACCUCUUCACCCGGCUUACGCUGCAAAGUGAAGAGGACUGUCGCAUGCUAUACAACGUAGUGCGGUCCCCGCUGUCGGCCUGGCUUGUGGAGCACAUCACCAAGCUGCUAUUCUACCGCAUCAGCCCUCCUAGUUAUCCACUCUGUACGGCUCUCCUCCGCCUCCUCCCUGCGUGUCGUCAUACCUUGCAUAGUUUCAGUUUCAAGUCCGACCGCGUGUCGCUGUCACACAACGCAGCCCUCAAGAGCUCCUUGCGGAGCAUCACCUCCUUGACACUCUGGGAUUGCCGCUUCCCGUCAUUCCGAAUCCUGCUCCGCAUACUAGGUGAUAUCACCUACUUGGAAAAAGUUGAUUUUCUCAAGGUCGAAUGGUCGGAUGACCGACUCACAACUGCGAGUAAUAUCUGCACGGGUGCCUUCAGCUAUAUCCGCACAGUCAAGAUAAAUCUCUGCACGAAUAACUUGGCGGUGCCCGCGUGGAUUCUGGCUGCCACGAGCACACGACACUCGUUCACCAGACGUCGAACAGCAGGGCCGGCAGUCUCUGCAGAAAUGUGGGCCAUUAUCGAGCUCAUACAGACGUUUUUGAGCGACAGCGCAUCCUAUAAUUCAGGGUUUGACGUCAAGGAGGCAACUACAGGCGAGCUCAACCGGUCCCUCCACCAGAUCAUUGUACUCACUGAAUGCUCUCAAGAUACUUAUAGAUUUGUUGGUUCUCUGGCCAUGAGAUCACUAGAAGGAGCCACGGCGUACAUCUCGGUCCAAGUCAUCAAGUCUGCGCCCCCCGCUGGCGGCAAUGAGACUUGGUCUGUCUGCCAGAUCGUCCUAGCUGACUCAACCAGACACCGCAGCAAACCACACUCAUAUCUCCUAUCUCGUGACUGGUCCAAGAUCUCUUCCCUUCUGCCCGAGUUUCUUCAAUUACAACAGCUCCAAGUCCUCUGCGGGGAGAAUUAUCCAGAAGAGGACUUCCGCGCGCUCUCUGACAAGGUCGUGGGGGGCAUGAACAACCGCACGCGUCCGCUCGUCAUGCUUCAACAUGACCCUGGCCUGCCAGACGGAAGAUACCUGCAGCCUGCGCUGUUUGAUCUAACCGAAAAGGAUGUGGAGGCAGGGCAAGACCAAGUGAUGCGUGCUGGCAAGCGGAGUUACUUGCAGCCUACGCCAUUUGAUCUAAUCGAGAAGGAUGGGGAGGCAGGGCAAAGCUAA